CCGGCUGGAGCGCAGCGGUCGCCCGGGCUGGGCUCCGGCCGCAGGCGGGGGAAGAAGCAGGAAGCAGCCGCCGGGGUGGAGCCGGCCGCCGGGGAGGAUUUGCAAGCACUCGCGGUGCAGGAGAUUCCGGCCGCGGCGCCCGGGGAUGGGCGAGGGUUUCCCGCGGCGCUGGGAUGAGCGGAGACCGCGGGGCCAGCCGCCUUGCGCCGAGGAUGACGGGCUGCGGCGCCCCGGCCCUUCCCCAAGGGGCUCGGCUUUCCCGGGGGCUGUGAUGAUCGCUGGCGGGCCGGAGCCGGUUCUUCAGGGGGGGUUGGUUUAACCGCAAGGGGAAAAGAAGCGGGGGAGGGGGAUCUGUUUACUCAGACCCCCCAGACACGCGCCCCUGCACAUAACUCCGCACCAUGACUGCUGGGGAUGGAGCAGAGAGGAUGGAGCCCAGGUGCCCGGUGCUGGCGCUGGCGCUGGCUGCCCUGCUGUGCAAAGUGGUGGAAAGCCGAGGAGGAGUCAUGGACAGCACACAGAGAUUUUUAAACCUGCCGGUAUAUCUUCCCAUGAGCUACCACAUCUCCAGUGCUGAUGUUUCCUUCUUCCUCAAAGAAGCCAAUCAAGAUAUCAUGAGGAACUCCAGUUUGCAGGCGAGGGUGGAGUCAUUCUUUAUAUACAAAGCCAAGCAGCCACCUGUAGUAAAUGCAACUUACGGACCUUUUUCAGUGGAACAAGUUGUUCCCGAGGACCUAAUGCUGCCUUCUGCUCCUUUUGGUUUCACUAAUGAAUUCACAUUUAAUUGGAAAUUAAAAUCGCACAUCAUUGACAGCUCAAUAUAUUCCAACAGACCUAAAGUGCAAGCCUUGUUCUAUAUUGCGGGAAAGGACUGGGACGACUAUGAUUCUGCGGAGAGAUUGCCCUGUGUGAAGAUGUUUGCUUUCCUGGAGACUAGAGAAGCUGUGGCCAGCUGUAGGUUGAAAGGUCAUCUAGGAUUAUGUGUUGCAGAACUGGAAUUAGCGCCGAGCUGGUUCAGCUCGCCUCCACCAUUGGUUUUGGAGCAUGAGCAAACAGCAGCCUUUUUGGAAGGGAUUACUGUGGAGCUCUUCUAUAAGAUGUAUGCAACAGAUGGGGAGUGUUCUCCUGAGGAUGCAAAAUGGGAAAACAACAUACAUGCAGGUCAAGAUCAUGCAUAUGAGGCUUUGCCGCCGAUGGAGAGGAUUGGUAGCAUCAUUCUUUAUCCAACUCAAGACAAACUAAAACAAUCUGCACUGAGGCUAGAUGAGAACAUCGUGAUCCACUUACCGCUCAACCCUGUCAAGGAAGGUGACAUAGUAACCUUUCAUGUGUCCCUUACCGGUGACUCCCUAGCAGAUCAGUUUACCUUAAGAAUUAAAGCAGCACCAGGUGUGAAGAUAAUGGCCAUCAGAGUCAGUGAUGCAGACCAAUGGGGAAUUCAAGAGGAAGUAGACAAUGGAGGGAUGCAGACCACUGCCUCUGUUGUUUGUGUGCGUAAUGAUCCAAAUAUAGAGAGCAGAGCAAACAUCUCCUUCUAUGAGAUCUUGCAGAUGGACUUUGAAAUUGACAAUAGCAGUAGCCUGGCAGGAGCUCAGCAAAUUACCUGGCAGGUGGAAUACCCCAGAGAAGACUUGAUGAGUGAACUGGUGGUCUCAGAGAUCUUUGUCAGCCAAACAACAUUUGCAGGAAUUGUUCCUCUUGCAAUGGAUACAGAAGUCCUUAACACGGCCAUUCUGACAGGGAAGACGGUGUCUGUUCCGGUGAAAGUUGUUGCUGUGCACGAGGAUGGUUCCGUGAUCGACGUUUCAGAGUCCACUGAAUGUAAAUCAGCUGACGAAGAUGUCAUAAAGGUUUCUGGCAGAUGCGACUCCAUCUUUGUUAAUGGCAAGGAAAUGAAGAGCAAAGUGGAUACCAUUGUGAACUUUACUUACCAGCAUUUUACCACCCAGCUGGAAGUGACGGUCUGGGCUCCACGGCUUCCUUUGCAGAUAGAGAUCUCGGAUACAGAACUUAGCCAGAUCAAGGGCUGGAGGAUACCUGUCACCUCCAAUAAGAGGCCUACCCGUGACAGUGAUGAUGAAGAGGAUGAUGAGAGGAAGGGAAGAGGCUGCACCCUUCAGUAUCAGCAUGCCAUGGUGCGAGUCCUCACACAGUUUGUAGCAGAGUCUUCCAAUUUUGGAGGCCAGCUGACCUAUAUGUUGGGCUCUGAGUGGCAGUUUGACAUCACGGAUCUCGUGACCGAUUUCAUGAAGGUGGAAGAGCCUAAGAUUGCUAAAUUACAGGAUGGACGAGUGCUAGUUGGUCGUGAACAUGGGAUAACCACAGUUCAGGUGCUGUCGCCUCUCUCUGAUUCCAUCCUGGCUGAGAAGACAGUGAUUGUGCUAGAUGACCGCGUAACAAUCACAGACCUAGGCGUACAACUAGUAGCGGGCUUGUCUCUGUCUUUACAAAUAAGCAAAGGAAAUAAGAGAGCUAUUGUUUCCACAGCAUCUGCUUGUGAUAUUCUUCAUACCCCAAAACAGGAAGCCAUAGUCAGUGCUUGGAUUUUGUUCAGUGAUGGCUCUGUGACACCUUUAGAUAUUUAUGACUCCAAGGAUUUUUCUGUCACGGUCACUUCGCUGGAUGAAAUGGUGGUAUCUGCCCAGCAAAACCUUCAGUCAAAGUGGCCUCUGGUAGUUGCAGAGGGUGAUGGGCAAGGACCCCUGAUUAAAAUUGAAAUGGUGAUCAGUGAACCUUGCCAGAAGACGAAGCGAAAGAGCAUUCUGGCUGUUGGUAAAGGAAAUGUCAAAGUGAAAUUUGGCCAGAAAGAUUCUGACCACAAAGGAAGGACCAACAACAUUGAUGAUUUAGAUAGAGAGUUUAACCAUCAUCUGAACAAUGCUAUAGAGAACACGGCAGAACAGGAGAGGACAGUGCAAGAAUGGGCCAAACAUGGAACCUUUAUUAAUCUUGAAGACAAUGCUAACAAAAGCACAACUUCCAAAUCUCCCAUUGAUCAGAACAAGGCUCAUGAGGAUGGCCUCCAAAAUAACCCAACUGCUUUCACAAGUUUUCCUACCCAAGUAGAGGUACCAGGACAAAAUAAUCCCAAUGACCUUGUGUUGACUUCUAGAGGGUUAACUGAUUUGGAGAUUGGCAUGUAUGCCCUGCUGUGUGUUUUCUGCCUAGCAAUUUUGGUCUUCUUAAUUAACUGCGUGGCAUUUGCUUGGAAGUAUAGACACAAAAGGUUUGCUGUGAGUGAGCAAGGCAACAUCCCCCAUUCUCAUGACUGGGUCUGGCUUGGAAACGAGAUUGAACUCUUGGAAAACCCUGUUGACAUUUCGCUCCCCUCAGAGGAGUGCACUACUAUGAUUGACAGAGGGCUGCAGUUUGAAGAAAGCAACUUUCUCCUUAAUGGGAGCUCGCAGAAGACUCUCCAUAAUCAGAUCCUCAGAUCUUGUGAGUAUGCUUGUGAGAAAGAAGUUAAAAGUGAACCUAUAAAUCCUUCCGGGCCAAAACGGAAGCGGGUCAAGUUCACUUCCUAUACCACGAUACUGCCAGAGGAUGGAGGUCCUUACACCAAUUCAAUUCUAUUUGACAGUGACGAUAAUAUUAAAUGGGUAUGUCAAGAUAUGAAUCUUGGCGAUUCCAAGGAACUUAGAGACUAUAUGGAAAGACUGCAAGACAAUAUGUAAAAUACUUUCUUAUGUUUGUAUUCACCUUUAUGCCUUCUGUUUUACGGAUAGUGGAGCAGUCAGUCCAGUCAGCAAUAGGAGGUUACAAAGGAGUCUAACUUUUGGAGGUUCUAAGACGAUAACUGCACAUCAUCGAGCGGGUACAAGAGGCUGGCUGAGCUAAUCCUGUUUCACUAUAAACCAGGAUGUGUCCCUGAAACAGCUACAUGUAGGUGUUGGAGGUGUCGCACACGAUGGCUGUUUUCAUAUACUGCCUGGUACUAGCUAAAUGCUAAUACAAUUAUGCUCAGACUCAGCGGAGACUACAGCUGUUUGUCAACUCAUGAUAAACAGUGAUUCAGAAAACAAGGGAUUUUUUGGUUGAUUUUUCUAGUCAUCAUCCUUUGUAAAGCACAGUGGAUAUUUCUUGCAUACAGCCUGAGACUAGGUUUACGUUAAAAGAGAUCUGAAUGAAUCUGUCCAAUUUUAUUUGCCUAUGAGCAAUGCAGCCAAGUAGUCUCAUUAUAUUUUACAGCUACAAACACCCACAGGUGGUUAAUUUCUUAUCUGUAUUGUUUAUGAAGAUGGUUUGAUUUAGGGAACAUUAAAUAUUUUCUUUAGAGAUUUUUUUUUUGGUUGUACCAAAGUGUUCCACAGUAUAUUUAGUUAUUCAGGUUUUCUAUUCAUGUGCAUCAGCUCGAAAGGAUACCUCUUCAUCACUGAUUAUCUUUCUCCUUCCCAUGCAAAUCUUUCAUAUUUGGAAUGUAGAAACAAAUUAGAAAUCUCACACUGGAAAAGAGUUGUAUCUUUUUACAGGGAACUGUAUAUACACACAACAAUAAACCCUGGAAAAUAAAAAUCAAGCAGCAGCCCUGGGUUUAUUUUGGUCAUUGACAAUAUGAAAAAUAACUUAAAACAAAGCAGAACACACUUCAAAGCAAAAUUCCUCCAAUGAAACAACACUUAUGGAAAUUCUUUGCGGGCAACACAUGUUGUUUUGACGAUAAAUGCAAACGUAGUAUUGAAAUGCACUGAAUAGGAAGCAAAUUGCCUGGGAAAUAAGUGAAGACCUGAAACUGGUAUUACACUGUAUUAAAAAUAUAUAGAUUAUAUUGAUGCUGCAGUUUAGCAGUACAUAGACAUCCAUCCACAAUGGCUGGUGCACGCAGGCCCUGUCUAAAAGCCAUCUCUAAUCAUAUGUCUGGUACAGAGAAAACCUUUACAACAAGCUCCAUAACAAAAGAAAAUACUGGGCACAGUUAUAUAAUCGCUAUUCCCAGAUUUGACAGGAAUGCUGGAGAUUCAAAGCUUCCAUUCCACAAACAUUAUAUGCAUUUUUACAUUGAAGUACGAUUGAAGUGUGUUGAAAAUUGUACCAAAGAAACCUUUUCGCAUGAAAUGUCUAAGAGAAGCAAAACAGUACAUUGGCCCAUCAUGAGAAAAUGUAAUUGACACCUGAUCCAAAGGCAACUGCCUCACAUCCCCCCCACUCUCCCAAAAUAAUGAACAUAAUGGCACUUUAGUGUGAGCUCAGACGUACCACAUAUCUUAGUCAACUAAUGCUCAAGAUAUUUAACAUACAGUCUCUCCUUUUCCAACUGAGCAAGGAUUGCUAGAGAAGUCUUGAUUGCUAUUGUGAACCUGAUUAAUAAAACCAGAAAAUCUUUAUAAAAUUCAGCUCCUCCAGAUUUUUCUGCAUUUGGCUAACGCGUAAGUAGUUAUCCACUCAGUUCAGCAAACUGCUUAGAGUCCAUCCAUAUUCAGCAAAGUACUUAAGCAUAUUCUUAAGUCCCAUUGAUCCCAAAGUGACUUUAAUACUUUGCUGAUUCGGGACCAGUAUUUUAAUGUCAGACAAGAGUCAGAAGCCACACUGUUUAUACUGAAAGUCUUCCUCUAAGAACAAGACUUGAAAAGAGCAAAAUGGUAAUUUUUGUGUGUUUCACAUUAAAAGUUAUGUAGCCGUGAGACCAGGAUCACUAAAAGUAGAGUGUACAUAUUUCCAUGCUGGUGUUCCAUUGUGUGCACAUAUAAAAUAAAUGAUGAUGUGGAAAAAUACAGAGAAUAUAAGAGGAAUUUAUAGUCUAGCAUGGCUGUUAGCUGAUCUGACAAAGAAUUUCACUUAGGCCAACCCACUCUCUAGUACAGGAUCUGUUUGGUUUUGGAGCCUUGAUCUUUGUCCUAUGCAGGAGUCACACACAGCAAGUCCACCUAGACAUCAAGUCUGGUCGCCAGUUACAAAACACAAACAGUUAAAAAGAGAAGUAAAAGAACUAUAGUCGUUAACAAAAACUCAGUAAACAAAAACAAAACAAUGGGAACCAGAAUUUAGCCUGCCACACCAAUACAUAGAAUCUGGCAAAGAUGGAAAAUGCUCUGGAACUACAAAAAUAUAUUAUAGUUAAACUUUAAAAGAUCUAACAUGCUACAUGAAAGUUCAGAAAUAGAAAGUGACAAUAAAUAAAAAUGCACAAGGCCAAAGAAUUAAAAAAACAAGGACAACAAAAACUGAGAAAAUGAGAAUGCCCAAAGUCUUCCCCUCAGUUGCAGCAGUGUAAAUGCAGAGCGACACCAUUAAAAGCAGCGGAGUUACUCUGGAUCUACACCAGUGUAAAAAGUACCACUCCUGUGAAAUGAACAUUAUUUGCAGAUCAAGCGAAAGAACAUCAAAUAAAUAUUUCUAAGGCUAAUUAUUAACCAAAGGAAGGAAUGACAUUUGGAGGCAGAUUAUAUAUCAUCAAGAAACUUCAAAUGACUACAACCCACCUGGGUCUCUCCAAAAUCCUCUAAUAAUAAUUAGAUUGCUAUGUCCACAACUAUUAAGCUUCAGUAGCUGCAGAGAUAGGAAAUUCCGAUGGCUCCAUACAGAAUAAACAACUCACAUUUGUGAUGCAUGCUGUUCUACAUAAAGAAAAGGCAAUAUGUUGCAUAGAGGGUGUUUUUGUUUCCUCCCUUCUCUCCCCCCACCCUUUCCCUGCCAACUAUCCAUACAAGGGAGGAUUCACUGAAUAUGAUGAUUCUUAGCAACUUUAGAACUGUAAAAUGUCAGACUCUCCGCUACUGUAAAUCAUUGAGUGGUUAGCUCCACCAGCUGAAGAUCUGGCCCAUGGAGAAUACUGAAGAAAGAAUUCAUUUCCAACUGUGCAGAACUAUUAUAUUUCAUUUGGACAUUAUAGACUAGCUCCAUAUGGCUUGUCUCUGCACACUUCCUGAUUUAAAUACAAAUUUGGGAAAACAGGUCCCCCUACUCCUCUUGAUGUAGAAUGAUACAGCUUCAUAAUGGUACCAGCUGCUGUUCCUUAAUUCUUAGUGGGGAAUGUAGAAGAAAAUCUUCCAGCCAUAUGAUUCAGUAGAAACAGUAUAUUAUAUAAUGGGAUACAAUCUGUAUUUCAAGGUGGAGUGCAUCAUGAAUGGGAUACCAAAUAGUCAUAGACGAUAUGCUCUUUUCUGAAAUACAUAUUGUAUACACUACAUUGAAAUACACUGUAUAGUCUAUAGUGAAAUGCAUACGCUAACUACUGAAUCUACAACACUGAAUAUGUAUAUUCAUCAUGCCCCAAAUAUUUAUACAGUAUGGUAAGUCUUAGAUGUAUAACAUAAUGAAACCUGUACAAAAUAAACUGUAAAUGAAGACAAUGACAGAUGACUUUUAUACCUGUGUAAUUUGUAUACCGAUUAAGUUAUUCAAGCCUCAGUUUACAUCAUUAAAUGUGCCAUUUUUUAAAGUUGUUCGUUUUCUAUAGGACAGAGUUCAGAAAUAAGACUUCACUCUCCAGCAAAGAAGCACUUGAGUGACAUUGUGAAACCUGUGAACUCUAACAUAGAAAUAAACAGAUUGCUCAUGUGAUUCUUCAA